AUGUCUCGCCGUCUCCUCACCACCCUCACCACCCAACGCCUGGGAACAGCAGCCAAACCCUUCCUCCUCCCGACCACCCGCCUUUUCUCCUCCACCCCCCACCAAUCCGCCCCCCGCUCGGACAUCCUCCCCGUCCAAGUCGCCGGCACCGGCACCGGCACCCUCCAACACGUCACGGUCCCGGGAAAAUCCUACGCCUUCGUCUCAGACACCUACCCCGUCCUAGGCGGCGCCGACUCCGCUCCCUCACCCGUAGUCUACGCCCUCGCCAGCCUGAGCGCCUGCAACCAAGUGACCGGCCACGUGGUCGCGCGGGACCACGGGAUCACGCUGGGGAAGUGGAAUGUGGAGGUGGAUGGGCAGUUGCCGACGGGUGUGUUGGUUCAGGGGCUGAGGGAGGAGGAUGUCGGGGGGCCGAAUUGGGAGGCGGUUAGUUUGAGGGUGAGGGUGCAGACGGAUGUUGAUGGGGAGAAGGAGGGGGAGAAGUGGGAGAGGUUUGUUAGUGAGGUGGAGAGAAGGUGUCCGAUUACGAGGUUGUUUCGGGAUAGUGGGUUGAAGUAUGAGAGUACGUGGGUGAAUGAGAAGUUGGAGUGA